UCCACACAACCAUCAGCACCCCACCCACCAUCCACCACGGCGGCCGGAAACACAAGAGCGGCGGAGCAGAGCUGUCUGGCUCUACUUCAAGCCUGCUACACGUUCUCAAAACUAACCCAGAUACACACUCACAUUCUCAAAUCAGGUCUCCAAAACAACCCAUUAGUCCUCACCAAAUUCACUGCCACAUCCUCUGAUCUUGAAGUCAUUAACUAUGCUACUUCCUUCCUGUUCUCACCGGAAUCCGAUACUCGUUUGUAUGAUACAUUUUUAUACAAUACUAUCACCAGGGCUUAUGCCCAAACUAAUAAUUUAAAGGCAAAAGCUAUUGAUGUGUAUAAGCUCAUGCUUGAAAGAAAAAAAUUGCCCAAUAAAUUUACUUACCCUUUUGUUCUUAAGGCUUGUGCAGGUAUCGGGAACUUGAAUUUGGGGAAGUCGGUUCAUGGAUCAGUGAUGAAAUUUGGGUUUGGUGAUGAAGUUAACGUGCAGAAUACUUUGGUGCAUAUGUACUGUUGUUGUAGAGGUGGGGAAGGAGGGAUUGAGUUUGCACGGAAGGUGUUUGAUGAGAUGUAUAAGUCGGAUUCUGUUUCUUGGAGUGCAAUGAUUGGUGGGUACGUGCGAGUGGGGAGGUCUAGCGAUGCCAUUAAUUUGUUUAGGGAAAUGCAAAUCAAGGGGGUUUGUCCUGAUGAGAUUACUAUGGUUUCGGUUUUGAGUGCGUGUACAGGUUUAGGUGCGCUCGAGUUAGGGAAGUGGGUGGAGUCUUAUGUUGAGAAGGAGAGGGUACAGAAGAAUGUUGAGCUUAGCAAUGCGUUGAUUGAUAUGUUUGCAAAGUGUGGUGAUGUUGAUAAAGCAACAAACUUGUUUAGGAGUAUGAGAGAGAGGAACAUUGUUUCGUGGACUUCAGUAAUUGGUGGUUUAGCGAUGCACGGUCGUGGUGUAGAGGCUGUUGCUGUGUUCGAGGAGAUGGUAAGAAGUGGAGUGACCCCAGAUGAUGUUGUGUUUAUCGGACUGCUCUCUGCUUGUAGUCAUUCCGGGUUAGUUGAUAAAGGGAAAGGAUAUUUUGAUUCAAUGAGAAAGGAUUUUAGCAUUGUACCUAAGAUUGAACACUAUGGAUGCAUGGUAGAUAUGUUAUGCAGGGCAGGACUGGUAAAAGAAGCACUGAAGUUUGUUCAAGAAAUGCCUAUUGAUCCUAACCCUGUUGUUUGGCGUACUCUGAUUAAUGCUUGUCGUGCUCAUGGUGAGCUCAAGCUUGGAGAGAAAAUUACCAGACAGCUAAUCAGAAACGAGCCCAUGCAUGAAUCCAAUUAUGUGUUACUGUCCAACAUCUAUGCAAAAAUGUCCGAUUGGGAAAAGAAAACCAGGAUUAGAGAGGCGAUGGACAUGAAAGGGAUGAAAAAGAUCCCUGGGAGCACUAUGAUUGAGUUGGACAACGAAAUUUAUGAAUUUGUGGCUGGAGAUAAAUCACAUGCGCAGUCCAAAGAAAUAUAUGAGAUGGUGGAUGAGAUGGGGAAGGAGAUGAAGAGGGCUGGAUAUAUGCCAACCACUACAGAGGUGUUGCUUGAUAUCGAUGAUGAAGAUAAGGAAGAUACAUUAAAUAGGCAUAGUGAAAAGCUGGCUAUUGCUUUUGCCCUUCUGAAUACGCCACCUGGAACUCUUAUUCGGAUUGUGAAGAACUUGCGAGUUUGUGAUGAUUGCCACUCUGCUAGCAAGUUUAUCUCCAAGAUUUAUAACCGAGAAAUAGUAGUGAGAGAUCGAAACCGGUUUCAUCAUUUUAAGAAUGGUCUGUGCUCAUGUAGAGAUUUCUGGUGACAAUCUGGGCUCGGAGAUUUGUGAUUAUUGAUGGUUGGCAAGAAUCUCACAACAAUUUUGGAACAUUUUAACAUGCAAUCAUUCUGUCUCGUGGCCAUUUGCUGGAUCACACACCUGGUACAAAAAAUGACCCGGCAAGAUAUUUGAACAAAUUCUGUGGAACACUUGAUAAGAUUGUUUGGACCAAAACCUGAUCCAUUUUGAUUUUCCAUGAUAACAGUCAAGGGACCAUAACAACCAGGAGUGGGAGGUACUUAUGGUUUGCAGCAUCAGGAUGAAAAUGCUGCUGGCAUGAGUUCGUCAUUUUGCAGUCAUGUUUCUGCAUUGUUCUCAUUGUAACUUCCAGAUUGGGGUUUGGUUUAGACAGGGAAAAAAGAUUGUAGUCGUUAAAAACGUGCCUUUGUUGUGAAUGCCAUUUAUGUAUAAUUCAGAGAAUCAUCAAACAGAAUUGAUCUUUUA